CCCAUCGUAGGCCAUGGAAGAUGUUAUCCAAAUGCCUUAGCUUGGAGCCGCACGCAUGUCCUGUCGCCUUCAUGGACACCGUCUUCCUCCUCCGCCCCGAAGCCCGCAGUCGCUUCCUCCGGACCGCCGCUCGCGCACUGGGAUGCACGUAUAUUUGCCUGUGGUCCCCGCUUUACCAUCCAUCAUCCGAGUAUCCAUCGAUUCCUCUCGUUGCUUCACCUCCAUGGAUGGAUGGCACCACGAGGACGACAGCAGCGGUCGGCCGAGCUCCUCGUCGGGAAGCCCCUCCAGAAGGCUCUUCGCCGCCUACUUGAGGUCUCUCUGCAGCAUCCGAUGCAGCUGUGUUCCUGGUUGGGCUUUCAAGAGCAGCCUUCCCUACAUCGAGCUAAAGGACUCGGACCUCAUGAACUCCGCAUCGAUGCAAGUACAACGGCAAUUCUAUCAGGAAGCUGGAAUUAAGACUGCAGCUUUUCUUGGAUGCACAAGCGGAGAGAUCGAGUUUGGGAUGACGACUUCGAGUGAUGCAAACAUGCAUGCGAAUGUUGAUCAAGUGUUCAGCGAGGAUUUCAUACGACAGUCGCAAUUAGAGCAAGAAUUCAUUCACCAGACUCAGUUGGAAGAGUUGUUCCCACCUCCCGACUCCUCCGACUCCUCCUCGCUUCGAUCUUUUUCGGUGGAAAGUCCAGAGUGCUCGUCUCUCCUUCUCGCCAAUACGAGCACUGUUGCCCCUCACCAAAUCCCCAUGAGCGUCUACGAUCGACACCGAACCGUGCUGUUUCCAUCAACUGCCGUCGAUGAUGCUGCGAUCGCGAGGGCGAUGCUGGCUGUCAUCUCUUCGAACUCUUCUUCGGCUGCCAACCGGAGUUGGUCCGGCCGCCGAGUAGGGGCAUUCAAAGCCUACGCUACUCCGGCCUUUGCACCAAGAUGCGAUCCCACUCCAAGCUCGCAUGGCCAGAAGAUGAUUAAGAUGCUCAUCAACCUACUGAAGAAGAUGAAUGACAUGAGGUUUGAAGCCCGGACGCAGGACGCCCGGCCUACCAGCAACCAGCUGCACCACAUGAUAUCGGAGCGCAAGCGCCGGGAAAAGCUCAACGAAAGCUUCGAUGCUCUCAGAAUGCUACUUCCACCGGUGUCCAAGAAGGACAAGGCGUCGGUGCUUUACAACACCAGGAACUACCUGAACGCAUUGAAAGCUCAAAUAUCUGAGCUGGAGCGUAGGAACCGACUGCUAGAGAUGCAGGUUCGGCGUCCUGAUGAGAAGGAAGAAGACGGCGAUUCGAACGAGAGAGUACGAGUUCAGAUAAGCCGGCAGGCAACCGAAUCGACCCCAGAAGGCGAAGGAGUCAACCUCGUCAUAACAGUGAGGGCGGGUUGCAACAUGAUCGAUUUGAUUCACGACGUACUCCAAUGCUUGAAGCGGAUGGGAGCCACUACUUUAUUAUCGGUGGAGGCGAUCACAGGAUCGCCGCAGAAGAAUGAUCUAAUAAAGGCAAGCUUCACCGUACGAGUAAAGGGCGCCGAUUGCGACGAGGAGACGCUCGAGGAAGCUGUGACCCAAGCUGUGGCUGCGGUGUUGGAGCGAUCAGCAACACCCACUUCAUAAUACUUUUUACUCUUCGCCCAUCAAAUUUGACCGACUGUUGUAAUCGAUAAUGGCCAAACAAGUCAUUUCCUGUGAAAGAAGCUGCAAAACAA